AUGGUGCUGUCCCGCAAGGUCCUGGCCUUCCUGCUGCUCGCGCUGCCGCCGACGGCCGUCUCGGCGCUCAGCUACUUCGUGGGCGGAGCGAGCGGCGCCACGGCGGUGGGCGUGGGCGCGCUCUCGGGCUUCGCCUUCUGCGACCUAUGGUACUUCCUGCGCAUGGGGCUCGACGCGCUCACGCCGGCGCCGCGCGGACCCCGCCGCCACCUGUUCGCCGUGAGCAAGGUGCCGGGCCGCGUCUGGCUCAUGGACAUCGACCGCAACGGUCACUGCAACAACGCGCGCUUCCUGCGCGAGUGCGGCUUCGGUCGCCGCGAUCUGUGGCAGCACAACGGUGUGUGGGAGGUGCUGACGGCGGCGGGCGGCAACCUCGUGGUGGGCUCGCAGACUGUGCGCUACCGGCGCGAGCUGUCUUUCGGUCAGGCGUACACGCUGCAGUCGCGCCUGCUCUGCUGGGACAAGCGCGCGUUCUACGUGGAGCACCGCUUCGUGACCAAGGGCGCCAAGGGCGAGUUCGUGAACGCCGUCGUGCUGGUCAAGAACUCGGUGCUGGGCCCGCUGAGCCCCGCGCAGAUCGUGGCAAAGCUGCCGGCGCUGCAGUCGGACGAGGAGGCCAACCCGACCAUGCCCGCGGACAUCGCGGCGUGGAUCGAGAGCAACAACGCCUCCAGCAAGAUGCUGCGUGCCGAGGCCUCGGCUCUUCAGUGAUGACGUCGCCCCGUGACGGAACACCGGCGCCGCAGUACAGUACCUAGCUUUUUUAGAACCUGCUCCUCACGCGCUGAUGAAUACCAUCCGGUUUUUUAACAGCU